GGAAAUUUGACGUGAGGAAGAUUAGGAAGUCGACUGCCGCCACGUCGCUGAAGCAUGCAUCGCGUGCUCGCUACAUUCUCAUGGUGCGAGGCGCCUUGGUGCCCUGAAUUGAAUGCGUGGUCACGGCUAUCAAUGCCGAGGUAGGUGUCGUUGUGGGACGGUUGAAUUUAACGAUAAAGUCACUGUCGUGGGCGACAGCGAAUGUGCUACAACAGAUUCAAGGUGCGCGAUGCGAAAGCGCAGGAGGAAUAAAGUACACAAGACGAGCUGUCAUCCUCCUGUCUAAAACUCUUGAAAUCACACUGCUCGUUGACCGUCUCGCCAAGUACGAGGGAUGGGGAAGCGGUGGAGCAAAGUUAUCCAUGGCACACCCGAAUACCCCGUUGGCGACGAUAUGCAGGAACUGUUCGAGUCGUUGGGAUUCACAGUGCACGACAUGAAUCACAUCUAUCACCUCUUCAAUGCUGUCAACAGAGACAGGGGCCAUCAAUAUCUUUGAAUUCCUCGACUACUUUGAACUCACAAAGACUGAGUUUUCAAAGAAGACGUUCAAACUCAUGGACAAAGAUGGCAGCGGUCAAGUCGAUUUUGAAGAAUUCGUGCUCUCAUUAUGGAACUUUUGUACGAUUUCGUUGUCUUGGUUGAUCGCCGAUACUUGGAGUCCACUAGGCUCGUUCACACAAGAAAGCCUCGUUCGAUACUCCUUCAGCCUCUAUGAUUCCGAUGCCAGCGGUGAAAUUGAUUUGAACGAAGCCGAGCACUUUGUCCAGGAAAUGUGGGGAGGCAAGUGGCACGCCAACAAGAAUGCCGAACACAUCAUGAACAAAUUGUCCGCCAUUGCUGCCUCCAGCGACGGUUGUAUCCCCAUUGAAAAAUUUGUACUCUUCGCCCAUGACCACCCACUGAUGAUGUUUCCAGCCUUUCAGAUACAACAUGACAUGGUGGAAAAGAUCCUGGGGGAAAAGUUUUGGACGAAAAUCGCCGACCAGCGAGAGAGGAAUCAGCGAACCGACGGCAAAUUUAAGUGCAUCGAAGACAUUUUGCAAGGCUUCAAUGCAAACCAUGCGGUGCUUCGGCAGGUUAAAGAAGUUUUGUCGGAAAAAAGCACUCGAUCCAUACAAGGACCUCCGAGAUAUUCGUUUGCCGAGUCAUUUCGGACCAAAGUCGGUGCCAUGAGCCAGCGACAAAAGUACGGAGAGGCAAAUGAGCCGACAGAUAAAACGCCAAACUAUCCGCCUGUCACCGUCCAUGUUAAGAAGAAGCCCCCCAAGCCGUCCGCAGCAACCAAGCAGUUGAAGACAUGAUCGAUUAUAGGAUUCACACUUCGUUGCCACGGUUGGUGGCGGAUUCUGUAAAUAAAGCAUCAGCGACACGAUAAUCCUCGUCUUCCAUGUUGCGUUGAGCGCCUGAAGAGUUGACAUUCGUCGCGACUGAACGAGCACCCGUGUUUAGAAGACUUUGCAUUUCAUUUUCCCCAGAGAAGACAGCUCGGCGCGUGCGUGGCAGG